AUGCUUCCUGCUCGUUCUCGUCGCUUUCGAGUGCUUACUUUGGCAAUAGUGGCACUGUUCAUCUUCGCGAUACUGUACCAACACAACCCUCUGCCAUCUCGCACUUGGCUUCCGCCAUGGGAGUCUCUAAAGAGUCCGAAACCGCACAAAGCCCAAAGCCUGCGGCCGAGCCUCGACUUACCAUCGGAAUAUACACCAAAGUCCUCCGAUACCGAAUGGUGCCAAGAACGCUUCGGCGUCAAGUUUCUCGAAAAUGUUCGCGAGUCCUCCAUCUCAUACUGCACCCCGACCUCCCCUAGCUUGUCUUGUUUCUGGUCGACAACUACUGAGGAGCGACAUGAUGCCAUGUGUCAUGGAAAAGGUGCCACAUAUGACGCUGGCGAGUCCAAGUUCCGACUUGGAUGCCGACUGAGAGACCUAUCACCAGAAGAAGUUCAGAGUGACAUUCCACGAAUACCAGACAACCUGACUCAAUAUUGGUAUGACACCGGGCCUGGGCUAGUUUUCAACGAGGCCGUACUCCUCGAUCCAAAUUCUCGCAUCCAUAGGUCCCGCACAAUAAGCAUUUUGGUAAAGAGAGAGGGGCCUAGCAAUCUUUGGCACGUCAUGAUGGAGUUGUUAAGCCUCUCGUGGACUCUGGAUGUACUGCAGAUCAGCGUGGAUCCAACCUCACAGAAGCCUUAUCUGUCACCAGCCGCGGCCUCUUCAACGCAGGUCAUAUUCCUUGACGAAUACGAAGACGGCCCCUUUGUCGAUAUGUGGAGGCUUUUCGCCAAAAUGCCCAUUCGGCGGAUCCACAAACUGAACAACUCUGAGCCUGCCACGGACAUUAUCAUACCCUUUUCCGGCGGGAGCAAUACGCUCUGGCAAGGAGAUUGGGUCGAACUUGACUGCCGUGAAUCCGCACUAGUCAAGGCCUUUGUUUCUCGCGUUUUGCACCUUUACGAUGUGCCCACGCCUGCCCGCAGGAAUAGAGAGGUCGUCGCCAAGUUUGUCCGCCGGACGAAUACCCGGAAACUCAUUAACGAGACGGAGCUCAUUGAAUCUGUUCAAAAGGCUAUUCCUCACUUGGACCUAGAAAUCGUGGACUUUGCCGGCUUCUCUUUCGCCGAACAGCUGAAAAUCGUCCGCGAGACGGAUCUUCUCAUAGGUGUGCAUGGAGCUGGCCUCACUCACACCAUGUUCUUGCCGCCGGGAUCUGCCGUGGUCGAGAUUCUACCCGGCGACUUUGCGCACAUGGGCUUCCGGAAUCUAGCGCAGAUCCUGGGCCACCGAUAUUACCGUACCCAUGCCGAGAUGCAUGGGGAUGCCUCUGGAGAAUCGCAGUGGCAAUUCGAUGCGGUGGAGAUGGAAGAGCAGCAAUUCAUUCGCUUAAUCGACGGCGCGGUGCGAAGCUUGUACAACAAUGGAAUAAGGACCUACGACGCUGCAUGA